AUUGAAAACAGACGUUGCCCCCCCCCCUCCCACUGUGAGUCAGUCUGCUGGUUUCCAUUCGUCGUCCGUCUGGAAUGAACUGAGGAGGAGAAGAAGAAGAAGGAGAAGGAGAAGAAGAAGAAGGAGAAGGAGAAGAAGAAGAAGAAGGAGAAGAAGGAGAAGAAGGAGAAGAAGGAGAAGAAGAAGAAGAAGAAGAGAGAGGAGCGCAGACGCAUUGGAAGGUCAGAGGUCAGAGGUCAGAGGUCACUGACGUCACACUGCGACUGACAGCUGUCAAUCAUCUGAUCUGAACCAACCAGGAGACAGAAAACAACCUUCAUCAUGUCCGAGUGAUGGACAGUGUCUCCUGUGUUCUUAUUGGUCAGGAUCAGCGGCCAUGAUGGAUUCAACCAGAGGACCAACAGGAAGUCUGAACGUGCUGCACUUCCUGUUGGGUGUGUUCCUGGUUCAUCCUGAAGGGGGCGUCUGUCUGGAGUUGCUGCCUUCAGCCUCUGAAGUUCUGCUCGACUCAAACUCCAAUUUCACUGUGGUGUGUUCGGGGUGGAGUCAGGUGACAUGGCGGUUACCUCAGGACUCUCAGGUGGACGGCGUUGUCGUGGAGACUCAGGGGUCCAGCAGUGUCCUGCAGCUCUUUAACGCCACCUGGAGGAAUUCUGGGAGAUACACCUGUGAGGAGGCGUCGUCCUAUCAGAGCAGAGAGAUCGACGUCUUCAUACCUGGUCAAGGUGCGGAGGAAUGGUUCGUCCCGCUGGGUCCGGGUGUGGUGAUGAAGGAGGCAGAGGAAGAUACCAUCCCCUGCGUGGUGUCCGACCCGCGGCUCAACGUCACGCUUUACCAACGUCCCGGCAGGACGCCGGUUACCGGGACAACGUACGAGCCGGGCCGCGGCUUCACGGGUCGUCUGAACGACACGUCAUACGUGUGCUUGGCCGCCCGCGGAGACGAAGAGAGAGAGUCACAGGUGUACUACGUCUUCAGCAUCAUAGUCCCUAAAGUGAUGGAGGUGGACCUGAGUGUGUCCAGCAGUGUGUUGAAGCAGGGGGAGAGUCUCACUGUGAACUGCACCGUCAGAGACACCGAGAUGGUCUUCUUCUCCUGGGACUUCCCCCGCAGACAGGAAAUCGAGCCUCUGACGGACUUUCUGUCCAAUCGGAUCCGCUCCUUCGUUAACAUCUCCGCGGCAACGGUUGCAGAUUCUGGCGUGUAUGUGUGUGUGGUGCAGGAGACGAUGCAGGGUCAAACUGUGAGGAAAAACAUCACAGUGACGGUACUGGAUCAAGGUUACGUCUACCUGUGGCCUUCAGGUGAGACCAACGUGUCGUCUCUCCUCCACCACACGGUGGAGUUCAGCGUGGAGGUUGACGCCCAUCCCGCCCCCUCCGUCCUCUGGACCAAAGACAACAACACCGUCGCCACGGAAACCACCUCCGUCACCACCACGCCCAUGAUGGGAAGCAGGUAUGUGAGCGUACUGACGCUGGUUCGAGUCCAGAUGGAUCAGACUGGAAGUUACACAGCAACUGUUUUCAACGAAGAUGCCGUUGAGGAGGUCGUCUUCAACCUGGAGGUCAAAGCGCCCCCCAAGAUCACGUCUCUGUCGGAGGUCGGCAGUAAGGCCAUGCUGUGUGUCAGCGAGGGAGCUCCGCCCCCAUCUGUCACCUGGUACACCUGUCACAGCUCGCACAGGUGCAGUAAUGUGACGGGCGGCUGGAGGAGCCUAUCAGCAGCCUCGGAGGGUGUGGCUCUGCAGGAGAACAUCACUGAGGUGGAGGAGAGAGGCGUCACCCAGGUACGCAGUGAGUUGACUCUGCAGAGUCUCACCUCCGUUACAGCUGUUCGCUGUGAAGCCAAAAACUCUGCAGGACGACGAGCCAGAGACCUACGAGUACUGUCCAACUCUCUCCUGUCUCAGGUAGCAGUGUUGGCAGCAGUCCUGGUUCUGGUGGUCAUUGCCGUCGUCUUCCUCAUCAUCCUCAUCCUCCUCUGGAGAAAAAAACCUCGUUAUGAAGUCCGUUGGAAGGUGAUUGAGUCGGUGAGUCCUGACGGACAGCAGUACACCUACCUGGACCCCGCCCACCUGCCCUACAACUCCUCCUGGGAAGUACCCCGAGACAACGUAGUACUAGGUCAAGUGUUGGGUUCAGGUGCGUUCGGUCGUGUUGUCGAGGCGACCGUCUCUGAUCUGCAUCACUCUCAUUCUACAACUAAAGUAGCCAUCAAGAUGGUCAAACCCAGCAGCGGUGCGGUCCAGUCUCUGAUGUCAGAGUUGAAGGUUCUGGUUCAUCUGGGUCGUCACCUGAACGUGGUCAACCUGCUGGGAGCGUGCACGAGAGGAGGCCCUGUCUAUCUGAUCACUGAGUUCUGUCGUCAUGGAGACCUGGUGAACUACCUGCAGAGGAACAAACACACCUUCCUCCAGAGUGACCCACACACCAAGAGUGAGAGUGAUGGAGGUUACAUGGACAUGAAUAAAGAGGAGAGCGUUCAGUACGUCGCCAUGAAGGAGCUCAACUACGCCGACAUCGAACCCGCCGUGUACGAGACGCCGUACACACCGACAGACCAGCAGGAGGUGUCCUCUGUCCUCCUCAGUGAGUCUCCUCUCCUCGGCCUCAACGACCUCCUCAGUUUCUCCUACCAGGUCUCUCAGGCCAUGGACUUCCUCUCCUCCAGAAACUGCGUCCACAGAGACCUGGCAGCGAGGAACGUGCUGGUGUGUGAGGGGAAGCUGGUGAAGAUCUGUGACUUCGGUCUGGCCAGAGACCUGCAGAAGGACCAGGACUACGUCCCCAGAGGACACAGCUUCCUGCCGGUGAAGUGGAUGUCUCCAGAGAGCGUCUUCCAGAACAUCUACAGCUCUCAGAGUGACGUCUGGUCCUACGGAGUCCUGCUGUGGGAGAUCUUCUCUCUGGGUGUUAGCCCGUACCCGGACCUCCCUCUGACCCAGGAGUUCUACUCUGCCCUGAAGAGAGGCUACAGGAUGAGUCCACCUGAUCACGCUCCUCACGGCAUUUAUGACCUGAUGAAACAGUGUUGGGAGGACAAACCUCAGUCCAGACCUUCUUUCUCCUCGCUGGUGGUCUCCGUGGGAAACAUGUUGACUGAUGACUACAAAAAGCGUUACCUCCAGCUGACGGAGGACUUCAGAGGUGAACGUUCAGCCGUUGUUGGAUCCAGACUGAGUCCGUCUGGAGAUGCUGGAGAUUCGACUGACGGACAGACGGACGCAAACGGAAGCCCCGCCCUUCAGGUGAAUGUUGACCUGUUGGAGGCGGAGCCAGAGGAGGCAGGCCCCUCCCACAGCACCUACAUCAUCCCCAACACUGACAUCACCAUAGAAACCAGCAGCGGCGCUGCGCUGGACGCAGUCAGCCCUCAGCUGCCAGAGUCUCAGGAGACCCCAGGAGCACAGGAAGUGACAUCGUCAGAGGACAGACAGGAAGCCGAGGAGAGCUGCCUGUGAAGAGAUCAGCCGCCUUCCAGACUAAAUGGAGGGUCUAAUUAACCCCGGAGACCUCCUCCUGCCAGGCAGAGCCGAGGGCUUGAAAACCCAGGUGUAAAACAUGACAUCAUCAACAGACUGAGGCAGGUAACACGCUGGGUUAUUUGACCCACGGUGAUGACUGUAAGGCUGCCAAACAAAAAGGGCUUUGUUUUUUAUUAUUGAUAUUUUUUUAAAUAAUUUUCAUAUAAAAAAAGGACGCAUAAAUAUGAUUAAUUUUGAAUGAGAGUAAACUGCAGCAGGUCCUGAAUCUGAUUUAUAACUGUAUAAUGUUCAGCUGCAUAUUGUGUAUUUACUGAGUAUUAUUCAGACGUGUCUGUGUAUAUCUGCGUUAUCAUAAUCUGCUCUGUUUAUUCAAACUGCUUCUAGACAAACAGAUCGGAUUCAUGCUGGAACUGAACCUUUAUUAAAAUACAUAUCUGAA